AUGAAGCUGUUGCUAUUGGUGGGCAGGAUGGUUUUAGAGGGGACCAUCUUUCUUGUUCCUCUCAUCCUAAAGGAGAUCAAAGGGGACAAACGCUGGACUGCCUCAGAUUUCGAUUUCCUUGCACAGCUCACCAAGGCCAACGUCAGCGUCUGGAAGGCCACCUUCGACUCGCUGUCCUUGCUGGCGAAAAGUCCUGAAUUGGACAAGGAGAGCGACCUACCCGGAUUUCUAUGUCUCUGGGCGCAGUAUGGCACCCUUCUGGGAAUACAGAACCUUGUCAACCCUAUCCGUGGCUGCUGCAAUGCCAACUGCUCCCUGUUCCUUCAGGAGACGGAGUUCUCCAUUGGUCGAUGUUCUAGAUUGGAAGCUUCAUAA